GUCUCGCAAUGACAGAAUUUCUGAUUUAUUUUCGCUAAGGAAUACCUACUGUGGUUUCUUACUGUAACAUAAAAUUGUCAUGAAAUCGUUUUGUGAGAGAUGAGUGUCUUCGGGGAUUUUCAACGUGUGUGGGUGCAACGUUUUCCAGAGAGUGCAUUACCUGCCGCUUGGGAGGAAGAUGUGAGAGCCAAUUUGGCUAAACAUAAACAGAAAGUAGCUAUCCUAAGGGAGGAGUUGGAAAAAGAGGAGUUUUACGUUGAAUAUUUAGAAACUUUACUGUCUGACGUCGAGAAGCACAAAGCGAUACAAGGAAGUAGAACGGAACCGCCCUUAGGGGCUGACUCGAAUGAUGAUAAGGCAUCUGAUAGCAAGCAGGACUGUGACUCGCUAUCAAAGAAAAGUGAAGGAAGUUUAAAAAGUGAUGAUUCAAUUGAAGCUCUGGAAUGUGAGGAAGUCCAUUUAAGAAGUAAAUCAGUAAACUUUGCAGAGAGAAGUUCUGUUAAUCAAUGUAUAAAUGAAUUGUCCUCAAACCUAGCAGCAGAAGUUCGAAAAAGAUGCAAUAGUGAAAUUGUACAACGAACUGACAUUGCCAGUAAUGUAGAUAUAGAAACAACAAAUAAAACUCAAAAUAAAACCCGUCCAGCAUCCCAAGCAGGUGAUUUUGUAACAGUUAUUGAAGUAAAUGGUUUGAAAGCUGCAGGGAAUGCAGCCAAAAAGUCAGAUGAUUCACCACAAUCAUCAGAAAGUAGUUCUGCUGAGGCAACAUCGUCUUCUAAAAAGAAGGUGCCACCAAAGCCACCACCAAAAGUGUUUAACAAAAGAGGUGCAUCAUUACCUGAAACGGGCUUGGUGGAGGAUAGUCCACCAUCACCCAUUGGACGGAGACUUCGUAAUGCAGAGUCUCGGGAAUCUAUUGGCAGUCGUGCCUCAACACCAUCCAUUAGUGAAAGAGUAAAAAGUUACGAAUCUAUUAACUCCCUAUCAUCGGAACGUAAGCGGUCUGGCGGUGCAGCGACCCCUAGGUCGAUAGACGAGGAAGUGACAUCAACAACUCCUGACCUCCCAGAAGCUUCAGAUGAUAAAUCCGCUCCAAUAUCAUUGGAAAGCAUACCAGCGGCCGUACCGUCGACGGAAGACGAGCCGUAUUACGAUCAAGUUCCGGUCGAUAUUAAUGACGGCGAAUAUGUGUAUAUACAAGCAGGAGGCGCUGGUUCGAGUACCGAGGACGGGUCAAGCGGCACGAGUACGUUGCCGCUCAGCACGUGUACCGCGUCAGCACCGCCCGCUCCCGACUCGCCGCUGUGUGCCACUGCACCUAACUACGUCAAUAUACACUACUUUAUACAACAAGCAGGUGAAGGUACAGAGCCUAGCGAGACAAGCUCAGAGUUGGCCGACUCAAGUGAUACCCCUCUGCUGUUGCGAACUAUUUCAUCCGACACCGAGGCCGGAGCGACGCCGCCUGUUUUAAGAAAGCUUCAGCACCAGGAAUCCAAUAUCAGUAACAAUGCGGAGGCCGAGCGACUAACGAUGCAUCGGUGUAUCGUCACAAGUAUAAUAGAAAGCGAAACUGUUUAUGUGGAGUGUCUUUAUGUUAUGGAGAAGUAUAUGAACGCUAUCAAAGCAACAUUAUCAACGUCGCAACCUGUGAUAACCGAAGAGGAAUUCGGUACAAUUUUCUACAAGAUAUCGGAGUUGCACGAACUGCACAAAAAUUUCCUUGAGGGUCUUAAAAAUGCCGUUGCGAGUUGGGAAGAACCUCUGUCUGUUGGAAUUCAUUUCAAGAAAAUGGCGGAAAACAUUAACGUAUACGGAGCGUUCCUCCACAACUACGGGCGUGCAACGGAUGCGGUGCGGAGGCGAUGCGCGAGCUCGCAACGCUUCUCGGACUUAACAAGAGAGAUCGCAUGUCGUGGACAGCCUGUGUCGCUCGAUGACCUACUGCACAAACCUGUUGCGCGUGUACAGAAGAACGCGCUGGUUUUACACGAUCUGAUUAAAUACACGCCAGCCAGUCAUCCCGAUCAUGCAAUGUUGACGGAAGCGCUAAAUAUGACGCAGCAUUUCCUCGACGAAUUCAAUAUUAUACAAACAAAAUCCAUGUUCCCGAAUGCUGACCGUGCACAAAGAAGGCUCGUUAAAAACUCGUUCAUCGUCGAAUUAUCAGACGGGCAUCGAAAACUGAGGCAUCUAUUUCUCUUCAAUGAUGUUAUUGCUUGUGCCAAAUACAAGGCGUCAGGCAGGGAUAAGUUCACCUUCGAACUAAAAUGGUUCAUACAACUCCCGGACAUCGUUGUGGUGGAGGAUGAAGGCACGAGCACUGCGGCCGAAAGAGAAACCUCACCCGCAAACAUCGUAGCGCUCAAGUCGCAAGCCUGCACUGUGCGCGAUGUCAUACUCGCGGAAGAAAGGGCAUCGCAAGAUGAUAAGAAAAUAAGACUGGGUGGACGAGGUGCAGCAGAGAAACAACGAAAGAAACUCGCUGAAUUAGAAGGGCAAUUGGUCCUGGCGUCACCUAACUUGGUUUUCCGAGUGGGAGCGCGCGCUCCCGGCUCGACGGUCCUGCAACGGCAGCAUGUGUUCUUCCUCAGCUCGGAGUACGAACGGACCCAGUGGAUAGAUUCCAUACAUGCUUUACAGGCAUCGUCUGCGCCGCCCGCUGGAUCUAGUACGGUUUCGAUGCUUGAAUUGCAAAGCUGGGUGACGGCCUGUCGCAGCUAUUUACAAACGGACAUGGGCUCGUACCUAUUGCGAAGUGGAAGGGACGACUCCCUACUCUUAGGGGACCUGCAGCUACAUAUCGGUGGCAUGACCGCACCGUUGGAUACUGCUGCAGAUUAUUACAUAGUAGUGGAAGUUGACUCAUACGGCCACUACUUCCGUAAGGCCAAGUCGAAACUAGUCUGCCGCAGUGCCCAACCUCGCUGGAACGAGAGCUUUACACUCGACCUCGAGGGCUCGCAGAACUUGCGGUUACUGUUGUAUGAAGACGCGGCACGCCCCGUCCUAAGGGGGAAGUGCACGCUUAAGUUGUCACGCGAUUGGGUGGGAGACAGCGUGUCCCGAACUGUAUGUGUGGGUGGCGGCUCGUUGCCGCUCCGAGUGCGCGUGUUGCCACCCGAGCGCUCGGCGAGACACGUGCCUAGCGCCAAGCCUGGUGCUUUGUUUGGAGCCAAAAUCACACAUGUGGCCAAACGUGAGAAGCGCACCAUACCGUUCAUAAUAAGUGCGUGCGUGCGAGAAGUAGAGAGGCGUGGAAUAGGCGAGGUUGGCAUCUACAGAGUUUCCGGCAGCGCGUCGGAUCUAAACCGCCUUAAGAAGAGUUUCGAGACAAAUGCAUAUGAAGCAGAGCAGCUAUUGAAAGAGGUUGAUGUACACUCGGUUACUGGAGUUUUAAAAUUGUACUUACGUGAACUACCUGAAGCGUUAUUCACUGAUGCGCUAUAUCCAGAGUUAUUACGUGCUUGGGGCUCAUCACAUGGCGGAGGUGCAUCAGGUGAUUCGGGUCCAGCGCAUACAAGGCGACAUGCACUCCUGAAAUGUUACGCACAACUGCCAGAUCUCAAUAAGAAUUGUAUCGACUUUCUAUUAAAUCAUUUUGUGAAGGUGAACCAGCACGAAGGCGAGAACAAGAUGUCGUUACACAACUUAGCAACAGUGUUCGGGCCCACAUUACUCCGGCCAAGCGCUCAGGGUGGUAAACUCCGAGCCGACCAACUCGCGGCUGGCACUGUGGACGCUAUGGCGCAGGCUGGUAUACUCUACACUCUGUUACAACAGCGACAUCUAGCGCAACAGUUGUCUGCGCAUCGCCCGCACGCCGGCAACACCCCGCAACUAUUGGACUGAGUGACUCCAAACUAUCCCCCACCUUACGAUCUUUAAUGAACGAUGAUUUGACUACCUCCCCGGCAUAGCUAUCCGAAUACCCAUCUUACAAGCAGUGGCGUGCACUGGGUUUCUUACCAGGGUAUGCAUACAGCGGGAAAAUUGUAUAAAACGGGAAAAACCUCCCUCCUAUACGAGUUUUAUAUUUAGGCAGGCAGUGCUUUUUUGCAUGUAUGAAUUGCACGCCACUGCUUAAAAGUUAUUUCCAACAUUCUGCUUACAAGUUAUUAAUAUAUCUACUGCAUUAUCUCGUGUAAACGUUAUCACACUCCUCCAAUAUACUAAAACUGUUGGUUUGAAUUACUGUAAAUCUCCCCCACCAUUGAAUCAGGUGGUGUUAUGCAUAUUCUAUUUAUUGAUUGCUAUUUUUAUUAGGUUAAAAAGUUUAUCUUUUUGUUUUAUUAGAUUAGAAUACAUAUAAAAACUUACUUCAAUUACCAAUUAUAAAAAAAUGCCUAAAAUGAAAUGUGAUUGAAUAAUAACAGUCAACAAAACAUUUUGGAAACAAUCUUUUCGCCAUAAAAGACUUCCACUGAUGCCACUUAACUAGUAUUAUUUCCAGUCCUAUUUAUUGAACUGGUAAUAUUUAUAAUCUCGUAAGUUAGUGUUCAUUUUUUAUAAGAGCAGAAUAUUGAUUCAAUUUUUGUAAUUAUAUUGCGAUGCAAACGCAAGCGUAAGAUUUUUAUAUAAUUAUUAUACAUUAUAUACAACCGUAUUUGUAUACUAUAAUAAUUAACACAGUGUUUAACAUGCCUUAUAAAUUUGCAAGCCACAUUAAGAAGCAUUCCAUCUUAACUAGAACAGACUGAGUAGGUAUCUAUAAGGAAUUAUAAUUUGCACAAACUUUAGUAAGUAGAAAUCUUAAUUAUUGUGCAUAAACGAUAAAAAAAUGAAUCAAAAUUUUAUUCAUAAAAUGUUUUAUAAACUUUAACUACUUAUUCUUCCUAUGAUCUUAGAAACCUAAUAUACACGAUAUUUUCACGCGUAAAUUGUGAUUAUUUCUGCAGUCACAAGCGGUUGGCACGGUUGACCACCAAAUGUCGAAGUAUUUUUUUCCAAAACCAGUGAAUGCAGGCAGGCAGCUAGGAAGUACCUACCGCUAAAAAUCCAUUAUUAACUAUGGCUUUUAGUUUACUUUUUAUGUCAGGCUUCUGUUUUAAACGAUUGAUUUAAAAAAGCAUAAUAUAAUAUAUGUAUAUGUAAUGUAGUGAGUUAUAAAAAGACAUUAAAAAUAUAAAGAGCUUACAUAUUUUUUUGAAAAUAUUGAUUUCUUAUAAUUUAAAUCAGCACAUUACUCUGAAAAUGUUUGGAGGGUAAUAAUUCUUCAUACAUAAUAUAUAUUUAUUUUAAAAUUAAUCUUUUAGUGUUACUUUAUUUGCAAAACCGUCCUACCAAACAAUUACUCUGAAAAUGUUUGGAAGGUAAUAAUUCUUCAUACAUAAUAUUUAUUUUAAAAUUAAUCUUUUAGUGUUACUUUAUUUGCAAAACCGUCCUACCAAACAAUUACCCUCAGGUUAGAUCAGAGUCCAAAGCUGACUUGCUAAGAAUGUGAAUAUGUAAGCACUUUAAUUGCAAUUCAUUAAGUAUUAAAAGGGACCGAAUAUGUAAAAAGAACAUUAGCUUAAUACAAUGGACUGAUAAUAAUAAAUUUGUAGAUUAUUUUCAAAACUCCUUAUAUUAUAUUUAUAUUAUUAAAACGGAACGCAUCAUUUAAAAGUGUUUUUAUAACGCUGUGAAUGGACUGUAUUACAUAUUGCAGCAUUUAAAUGGCUAGUCGUGCAUAUUGAAUAUUUUAGAAUUAUAAUAAUUUACCAGAAAAAUUGCUGCCUGAAUUUUAAAGCUGAUGCUAGUUUACAGCUAUUCUUAAGUGUUUUCACAAGUAGUUUUUAAUAAUGUUAAUUUAGUACUUAAAUAAAAAAGCUACCAAAAACAUAAGUUUUAGAACAAAGUUAUGUUUCAUUCAAAUUUCUAAUGAUUUUGUUGAAUUCAUUGACAUUAUUACUUAUUCUUUUUAAUUUGUUACCUAGGGUAGAAAAGUAUCAUUAUUUCUAAUUACUAUAUCUUAAUCAAGUUCUUUUUCACCAAAGAUCACAACUAAAGUGACACUUGUGUAAUUUUUAAGAACAAAGAAAUACACAAUUGGCCCUAUUAUCUAAACUCACUUUCCAAUAUUUAUAGAAUCAUUUUGGUAUUUACAAUUAAAAUCAUUAUUGAUGUAUAAACAUUGUAUUUGGAUUAUCUACCUUGAUGAAAGCCAGUCGCCUAGCUGGUAUCUAAAGGCACAACAUUCGGAUGAGACCUAAUAGCCUAUCAUGAGUUACUUGUUUUAUUUACUUGAAGUAAAAAGUGAGAUGUUUUUACACAUGGAUGGACCUUGGAUGACCAACUACCUAAUGGAGAUAACAAUAUUUAAUUAUAUGUAACCUUCGAAGGUAAAUAUACUAUUACUAUUCCUUUACCUUAAGUUACUAAUUUGUAAUAAAUAUCGAGAAGGGGAUCAAAACCACCAUUAAGAUAAAACCAUCUCACUUUUAUUGCUAUUAUACUAACAGAGACACCAACACAAUAAGUAUCUUUUAUAAUAUCUUUUCAAUCAAGAACCGAAA